AGAGAAUUUGAUAAGGGCAUUUUAAUCAAUUUGAAGCUUCAAAUUAAUGGCUUUGAAGGAACUCAAUUUUUAAUCUACGCCAAAUUUUUUUCAGCAAAAUAAAAUUUGGUCAGGUCUUUUUCUUUUUGACAAUUUUCUCUAUUUAUUAUUCCUAUUCAAGUUUACUUACUGUACUUAAACCUGUGAGUGUAAACUUUGUUUCCUUCCGGGCUCGAUUCCGACCACGAGUGGCGUGCACGGGUAUGAACCAGUCCCUGAGGGCUUUUGGAAUUCGACACCAGCAAGUGUUUUCACACCAUCAACCGGCAUCGACUCAUCCCAAUCUUUAAGGAAGAGAUCGAAGAUCCCAAGUUCUUUUACUCCAUUCAUUAAGUCUUUUCCGCCGGACGGCCCUCCAAUUUUCAAAAUCGCUUCUGCUCCCUGCUUCCGCCAGCGCAGGCCGCUAGCGCAACCGCAGACCCAUUUUCUUCACAACCUUGCUCCGUUACAAACGGCCCCCUCCAUCAUUCUUCCUUCCUGACCAGUCUCCUCCUUUUCUCAGUUUCUCCACCGGUCCUCUUAAGUUCAAUCGAGGAGGAGAAAGAGGACAGCAAGUUUAGAAAACGAUGGGACUUUGAAGGACCUGAUCGAGAGGGAGGGGUAUAUUUGAUGGGGUUCUCAAGAAGGGGCUUUGAAUAGAUACUCAUGUAUGCUGAUUGGGUUGCUUAAUGCCAUGGUAUGGAUGGUGAAGAUGCAUUAAGCCAAUGUAUUAUUUAUACUACUAUGAUGCUGCCUUUUAAACCGAUGCAGAGAAACCACUCACUGAAAAUAAUAUCGAGAAACCCAAAGAGUUACUUUUGCCAUGGUCGAACUUCCCAAGUCUCUUUCUCCAAAGCAACUUCUCAAGCUCCUUAAGGCAGAGAAAAACCACCACUCCGCCCUCCAACUCUUCGAUGACGCCUCUCGGUGUCCUGGGUACAAGCACUCCUUCAACGUCUUUCUUCACAUUCUUCGACGCCUAUCCGACCCAAGGUUGGUAGUCCAUGUGGGUCGGGUUCUUGAGAUGAUCCGAUCCCAAAAAUGCAAGUGCCCGGAAGAUGUCGCAUUAACGGUGAUUAAGGCCUAUGCAAAAUAUUCCAUGCCUGAUCAAGCAUUGGAUACGUUUCAGCGAAUGGGGGAAAUUUUUGGUUGUGAACCAGGAAUAAGAUCAUACAAUUCGUUACUUAAUGCUUUUAUUGAGUCCAAUCAAUGGGAUAGGGCAGAAGCAUUUUUUGCGUAUUUUGAGACAGUUGGUAUGGUGCCAAACUUGCAGACCUAUAAUAUUUUGAUUAAGAUAUCUUGUAAGAAGAAGCAGUUUGAGAAGUCGAAGGGCUUGUUGAGAUGGAUGUGGGAUAAGGGAAUGAAGCCUGAUAGAUUUAGUUAUGGUACUCUUAUUAGUUCGUUGGCCAAGACUGGAAACUUAUUGGGUGCAUUAGAGACGUUUGACGAAAUGAGUGAAAGAGGGGUAAAUGCUGAUGUGAUGUGUUAUAAUAUGUUGAUGGACGGGUUCUUCAAAAGUGGCGAUCUUGUGAAGGCUAAGGAGAUGUGGGAAAGAUUGUUGGAGGAUAGGUUGGUUUAUCCAAAUGUCGUAACUUAUAAUGUAAUGAUCAAUGGUCUUUGCAAAUGUGGCAAGUUCAAUGAGAGUUUGGAUAUAUUGGACCGGAUGAAGAAAAAUGAACGACAGCAUGAUAACUUUACUUACAGUACUCUGAUUCAUGGGUUGAGUAAGGCUGGGAACUUAGAUGGAGCAAGAAGAGUUUAUAAAGAGAUGAUCAAGAGUGGGGUAACCCCUGAUACUGUUACAUGUAAUACUAUGCUUAAAGGAUUUUGCAAAGCAGGGAUGAUUGAGGAAAGUUUUGAGGUGUGGAAAGAGAUGGGAAUGUUUGGUUCUCGAAACAUAAGAAGUUAUAAUAUAUUUAUCAUGGGGUUGCUUGAAAACAGUAAGGUAGAAGACGCAAUAUCCCUAUGGGAAAUCUUGCCUGACACAGAAUGUGCUGCGGAUUCCACUACUUAUGGAAUUUUAACUCAUGGUUUGUGUAAGAAUGGUUACCUGAAUAAGGCUUUACAGAUAGUGGAAGAGGCAGAGCAUAGGGGAGGUAAUGUGGAUGCCUUUGCAUAUUCCACGUUGAUCAAUGCAUUAUUCAAAUAUGAAAAAUUAGAUGAAGUGUCUAGAGUUGUAAAUUUGAUGGAUAGUUGGAAAUGUAAUUUUAACCCACAUGUCUGCAAUUCAUUUCUUGAUGGAUUUAUAAAACAUUCCAAACCUGACAGGGCUAUCGAAUUCUUUGAGACAAUGAGCUCUAGAGGUUGCUCGCCAAGUGUUGUUUCCUAUAAUAUUCUAGUGAAAGGAUUAUGUAGAGCGGAAAGAUAUCCUGAGGCAUAUAUUUACGUGAAGGAAAUGAUGGAUAAAGGGUUGAAACCAGAUGUUAUCACAUACAGCUCUGUGAUUGAUGGCCUUUGUCAAAGCAAGAAGAUUGAUGUUGCCCUUAAGUUGUGGCAUCAGCUACUUCACAUGGGCAUUCAGCCCGAUGCAACUAUUUACAAUAUUAUAAUAUAUGGACUUUGUUCUUAUGGCAAAGUGGAAUUUGGUCUACAACUCUAUUUAAAGAUUAGGAAGACCAAUUGCGUUAAUCUUGUGACCCACAAUACCAUAAUGGAUGGUCUCUACAAAACUGGGGACUGUGAAAAAGCUUCAAAGAUUUGGAGCCACAUUUUAGAAGACGGGCUACAACCAGAUAUAAUUUCAUAUAAUAUUACUCUUAAGGGGCUUUGCUCUUGUGGUAGAAUAACAGAUGCACUUUGGUUAUUAGAUGAAGCUUUGGGGCAUGGACUUGUCCCAACUGUCAUUACAUGGAAUAUACUUGUCAGAGCUGUGAUUAUAUGUGGGGCUUGAGCUUCAUUUUUUGGGCUCUGAGAUUAAUUAUUGCAAUUUCAACCUCUAUUAUCUCUCCUGCUUCUUGAGCAUGUCAGCUGUAGCAAUCUAUUAAUUCAUGAGUGGCUUGUUGGCUUCCCUAUAAAGCAAUGAGCUAGCAGUAUCGGAAUUGAACCCUAGCAGAGUAUUUAAUGGUGUUGGGUACACUUCAACUUGCCUUGAGGGAGUGCCUAUUGGAUAGUGGAUACACUAUGCAGCUCCAUCUUCACAUUUCCCGAGUUGGAGCAAAAAAAUUUCUCAAAAAUGGAUACGUCUGUUCUCAUUAUGUUAUGUUAGGGUUUGGAUAUCCUGAUCAUUGAUGUUUAAUUGUUCUAGAAAAGUCACCUGAAAUCUGGAUGAUUCAAUGGACUGGUCACCUGUCUGUAGUUCCUGAUUCAAGUGCUGUUUUGCGGUAGGCAUGUCAAUAAGCAACAUGACAUGUAUAUAUCAGAAGAUGGAGGAAAACACUUCUAUUCAAGAUGAGACUUUGCUUAUAAUUCAACUUUGCAUUUUAUAGGGAAGAUGAUGAAUUGAGAAGAUAAAGCAACCAGAAGCUCCAACAAUUGCAACUUCCCCCCAUUGUCUGAGGACGAGGCAAUAGCUGGAUAUCGAAUAUUCCACAGGUCCAGCUGACAUUCUUGGUUUUUGCUACCAGCUAUUCUCUGGUUACAUUCUUGGUCUUUUCUACCGCCUCCUUGCAUUGUUACUUUAUCAACAGGUUUCUGUCUCGAAUAUCAGCAUUUGGUUUGUCUUUUAUAUGAGCUUCGGACUCACUAGUUUGCUCUCGCUUCUGAAUAAUCUCUUGUAAGCUAAAGCAUAAUCUUCAAAUGCUUCAUCUAGCUCUUUAUGUUUGCUGUUACCUCUUAAUGAAAAAAAAUGAGCAAGGGGUGCUUUAUUGACGUAA